CAUCACAUUCUUCUACACUUAAUUCUAACCCUCUCUUAAUAUUGUGCCAAGCCAAAAGUUACCUACAAAAUGGAAGUAAAGAACAAGUAUGUAGCAAUAAAAUCCAACAUAAAUGGUGCACUAGAAGAAUCAGACUUUGAGAUAAAAGUCGAAAACCUCUCCCUUAGAGUAGAGCCUGAGUCUAAGGAGGUUAUUGUCAAGAAUCUGUUUUUAUCAAUUGAUCCAUAUCAAAUAAACCGGAUGAAGAGCCAAAGUUCGUCACAAGCAGCUAUAAGUUUUGCAGCUGCCAUUAUUCCCGGGGAUGCCAUUGACACUUAUGGUGUGGGAAGAGUGUUAGUUUCUCAUCGGCCCGACUUCAAGAAAGAUGAUUUGGUAGCAGGUCUUCUUACCUGGGGAGAGUACACUAGAGUAAAAGAGGGCUCACUACUGAAUAAGCUGGAGAUUCUGGGCUUUCCUUUAUCUUACCAUGUUGGAGUUUUUGGAUUCAGUGGACUUGCUGCCUAUGGUGGAUUUUUCGAUGUGUGCAAGCCGAAACCAGGGGAGAAAGUAUUUGUGUCUGCUGCUUCUGGUUCAAUAGGAAAUUUAGUAGGACAGUAUGCUAAAUUACUUGGAUGUUAUGUUGUUGGCUCUGCUGGUAGCCAAGAAAAGGUAAAGUUGCUCAAAGAGACACUAGGUUUCGACGAUGCAUUCAAUUAUAAACAAGAAACUGACCUUAAGUCGGCUCUCAAAAGGUGUUUCCCUCAAGGGAUUGAUGUCUACUUCGACAACGUGGGAGGCAAGAUGCUAGAAGCAGCAGUGGCAAACAUGAACUCAUUUGGCAGAGUAGCCGUAUGUGGGGUUAUUUCUGAGUACACGAAUGUCAGUACACGAGCUGCACCCGAGAUGUUGGAUAUAGUCUACAAGAGGAUUACCAUCCAAGGUUUCCUAGCAGCUGAUCUUAUGAAAGUGUAUGCAGAUUUCCUGUCGAAAACUGUUGAGUACUUACAAGCUGGAAAACUUAAGGCCAUUGAGGAUGUUUCACAAGGUGUUGAAAGCAUUCCCUCUGCUUUUAUUGGACUAUUCCGUGGUGAUAAUAUAGGCAAAAAGAUUGUCAAAGUUGCAGAUGAGUAAAAAAAAAUCAUGAUUGUUGGCCUAUUUAUUCAUGAAUUAGCCGGUUCAAGGAGGGGACUGAAUGAAGGGGGGAAAGAGAGUCAAGAACUUACUUCCAUUUAAU